UCUAGAAAAUUCGGGCACGCACCGCACUGCAAACCACUAGCGAUCGCGAGAUACUUUAGAGACAAACCGGCGAUUUGUUCAGAGCGUAUUAAAGUGAUUUUCACCGACGUGUUUUUCGUGCUUGUGAAUUCGAGAAGGAGCUCCAUUUGUUUUGCAAUACAACAAAUAAAUUAUUUGGUGUUCCAAUGGCUGCUAUGUCUGUCAUAGGUAUUGAUUUCGGCAAUGAAUCUUGCUACAUUGCUGUGGCAAAAGCAGGUGGCAUUGAAACAAUAGCUAAUGAUUACAGUCUUCGAGGCACACCAUCAUGUGUUGCAUUUUCAUCAAAGAAUCGAAUAUUGGGAGUUGCAGCAAAGAAUCAGACAGUUACAAAUAUGAAAAACACCGUUUUUGGGUUCAAAAGAUUGUUAGGCAGGAAGUACUCAGACCCACAUGUGCAGAAAGAGCUGAAACACUUCCCUUUCAAGGUGGAACAAAGACCUGAUGAUGGAAUUGGUAUCAGAGUCCAUUAUCUAGGCGAAGACAAUGUAUUCAGCCCUGAACAGAUAACUGCAAUGCUGUUCACAAAGCUCAAGGACAUCGCAGCAACGGCUCUUGGCACUCAAGUGAAUGACUGUGUCAUCUCCGUGCCAAGCUACUUCACCAAUGCGGAGAGAAAUGCUCUUUUAGAUGCUGCGGCUAUAUCUGGGCUCAAUGUGUUGCGACUUAUGAAUGAAACCACUGCCACGGCUCUCGCCUAUGGUAUCUACAAACAGGAUCUGCCUGCUCCUGAAGAGAAACCUAGAAAUGUUGUGUUUGUCGACUUUGGACACAGUUCCCUGCAGGUGUCGGCCUGUGCCUUCAAUAAGGGCAAGCUGCGUGUGCUGGCCACCGCCACCGACGCCCACUGCGGAGGCCGCGACAUCGACAUGGCGCUGGCUGAAUACUUCUGCCAGGACAUCCUAAAUAGAUUAAAGCUGGACGCUGGGAAAAACCAGAGGGCUUUCUUCCGUUUGCUGCAAGAGGUAGAGAAGUUGAAGAAGCAAAUGUCAGCAAACAGCACUAAGCUGCCUCUCCAUGUUGAGUGCUUCAUGGAGGAGAGGGAUGUGUCAGGAGAGAUGCAGCGCUCACAGAUGGAGGAGAUCUGCGCCGACACCUUCAACAGAGUUGAGAGGACCCUUAGGUCUAUCCUCCACAAUGCUAAACUACGUCCCGAGGACAUCAACUCGGUAGAGAUUGUGGGUGGAUCUACCAGAGUCCCUGCCGUUAAAGCUCUGAUUGAACAAGUGUUUGGCAAAGUGGCUUCAACUACACUCAACCAGGACGAGGCGGUGUCGCGCGGCUGCGCGCUGCAGUGCGCCAUGCUGAGCCCGGCGGUGCGCGUGCGCGACUUCAGCGUCACCGACGUGCAGCCCUACGCCGUGCGCCUCGCCUGGGACGCCGCGCGCGGCGAGGACGGCGACCUGGAGGUGUUCCCGGCCUUCCACCAAGCGCCGUUCUCUAAAAUGCUGACAUUCUACAGAAAGGAACCAUUCACAGUCAGAGCCUACUACACCGACCCCGUGCCCUAUCCCGAUUCCUUCAUCGGUCAAUGGAACAUUAAGGAUGUCCAGCCGACUGCCGAGGGCGAAUCACAGAAAGUAAAACUGAAAGUGAGAGUGAACAUUCACGGAAUCGUCACUGUCGCGUCAGCGUCAUUGGUAGAAAAGAAAGCGGACGCCCAGAGCGACAGCAUAGAAAUGGAAAAUGAGAACGCGAACAACCAGGAAACGCCCAUGGAAACUAACGGGUCGCAAGAGCAACAGCAGAAUGGGCCCGAGAACCAAGAGGUGAGGGAAGACGAUAUGCAAGGGGAGCAGCAAAGACAGUCGUGGACACAGAGAGUAGGAUCGUGGUUCAGCGGGGACAAGUCGAAGGACAAGAAGAAGGUGCUGGUGAAGACCGUGGAGCUGCCCAUCGACGCGCGCACGCACGGCUUCUCGCAGCACGAGCUCAACUCCUAUAUGGAGCAAGAGGGCAAGAUGCAGGCACAAGACCGACAGGAGAAGGAGCGAGCGGACGCGCGCAACGCGCUCGAGGAGUACGUGUACGAGCUGCGCGGCAAGCUCGGCGACGGCGAGGCGCUGCACGAGUUCGUGGAGCCCGCGCAGCGCGCCCGUCUCGUGGCCGCGCUCGACGCUCUCGAGGCCUGGCUCUACGAGGAGGGCGAGGACCAGAACAGACAGGUGUACGUGGACAAGCUGACGGAGCUGCGCACGGAGGGCGAGCCCAUCAAGCAGCGGCGCCUGGAGUUCGAGCUGCGGCCCGGCGCGCUCGACGACUACUCGCUGGCCAUCCAGCUCGCCAAGAAGGCCGUCGACUUGUACAAAGCGGGUGACGCGAAGUACAACCACCUGGCGGAGGCGGACGUCCAGAAGGUGUCUGAGGCGGCCGCGGCGGCGCUGGCGUGGGUGGAGGCCGCGCGCCAGGCGCUCGCGCGCGCGCACAAGCAUCUGCCGCCGCAGCACACCACGCACCAGAUCCGCCAGGAGCGACAGAACUUCGAGAGCACCGUGAACCCGAUCCUCAACAAGCCCAAGCCCAAGGAGAAGACCCCGCCGCCCGCGCCCACCGGCGACGGCCAGGCGCCCGCGCCCGACGCCCCCGCCGACCACAUGGACGUCGAGUGAGCACCCCGCUCCACACACCUCAUGACUGUGCACCGUGAAUAUACUGUCAAAUUACUUA